CAUAAUAAUUAAUAAAAAAAAAAAGGGAAAAAAUUAGAACCGUGGCAAAGACAAUACGUUGUUGUAGAGGACAUGUUCGUUGGUAUAAGAAGUGGUUUUAGUUCAGUGAAGCACACAGGAAACUCCUUUCUCAAUCCUCAAUUCAGAUCUUCAAAAACACUUUCAUCCUCAAUUCCCCUAAAUCCACUUUCACCUUCAACCCGUAAUCCAAUGGUGUCUCUUAUAGUAGCAACAACUUCCGACCCGGCUUCAAUCAACCCUGCCAAUGCCCUCUUAGCCAUGCCAGCCUGGCAACCCGGACCCCAUUUCCAGGAUGAUAUGAAGAGUUAUGUGAAUGAAGGGUUGAGAGUGUUGAUCCAUGAGAAGAGUAUAGUGGUGGAGGAUUAUUUGGAUAAAAGAUGGGAAGAGGUUACUGGUGAGGUUGUUGAUGAAGUUAUCUUCUUAAGUAAACACACUGCUGCUUCUAAUAAACCUGCCCUCACUGUUCAUCCUAUUGGAGUUCCGCAUUUGCGUGAAGGUGAUGUUCCGCCUCAAGGUGGGAAACCUGGAUGGGCAGCACUUCCAAAUCCUAGGAUUGGACCUUGGAUUCGACUUUUGAAAAAUAUUGCUCAGGCUCAUAAUCUGGUCCCUGAAUUUGAGAUUACUUUGGAAGCCACUCAUCACGGACCAUUGACAAUUAAGCCAACCAUGUUUCUGGAGAUUGGUAGUACUGAAGACUAUUGGAAGAGACAAGAUGCUGCUCAAGUUAUGGCUCAGUUGGUAUGGGAAGGACUUGGACUUGGACUUGGAGGAGGGACUGAUGUGGGAAACUGGAGCAGGGAGAAUGAUAAGAAGAAAGUCCUACUCGGAAUAGGUGGUGGACAUUAUGUGCCUCGGCAUAUGGAUGUAGUAUUGAAAGAUGGUGUUUGGGUUGGUCACCUACUAUCUGGAUAUUCAGUGCCAAUGGAAGAUCCAAAAGGAGAAACAAAUGUGGAGAUUGGAGGAACUUGGAAACAGUCUAUAAAAGCUGCAUACGAGGCCACUAAAUCUGCUUUUCCUGGUGGCGAAAUUCUUGCACAUCUUGACCAAAAGAGUUUCAAGGGCUGGCAGAAAAAUGCAAUUACAGGAUUCCUCACGGAGCAGAAUAUUAAAAUCGGAAAACCUAAUAACUUCUAUUGAGUAUUGAUUUUAGAGGAUGCUACUGUCACAGAAUGUGGAUAUUUCAGGCAGAUGGAGGCUGGAAUUUUUUUUAGAUCAUACUAGUAAUUUAAUUCAGUUCACCUUAGAUCACUGUGACAACUCUUGAGUAGUGAGGUUUGAGAUGAAUUGAUACAUACAUAAAUACUAAUACCAUUUGAAUAAAAAUUAUAUGUAGAUUUUAUGUAUAAUUUUUAUUAAAAUAGUAUUAGUACGUAUCGAGUACGAUACGGUCACCAUUUUUGCAUAUCUGUGCUUCAUAGACACAGACGGUGUAGAAAGUUAGCAUAUAUGUUAUGUUCCUGGGUAUUUUAUUUGGAGAAUUGUACCCUUGAUUAUGAUAAUAAAUGUAUGACAGAUUCACAUGAAUUUAUUUGCCUUGGCAAUAUUUGAGUCAAAGAUAUAAUAUAGUUUGUUCCA